AUGUCUUUCCUUCAUAAUCAUUCUUGCGAGUGCGUUAAGUCAGAAUUGGAUUUGUUUGCACUACCGUCUACACAAACUAGCAUUGAAAAUGGAUUGUGGAUUCAUUAUAAACCAAUUUCAUCUCUUGGUGAUGAUGGACCUAUCGAGUUUCAAGUUCCUGGGACCGGCGAUGACUACAUAGAUUUGUCUCAUACAUUACUCCACAUAAAGGCAAAAGUAUUAAAUCAAGAUUCAACUAACUUGGUAUCUACUACAAUAGUAGCACCUGUAAAUAAUUGGCUGCAUUCACUUUUUAGUCAACUUGAUGUUUAUUUAAACCAAAAACUUGUAUCACCACCUAAUAAUACCUAUGCAUAUCGAGCAUACAUGGAAACCCUUUUAAACUAUGCCCCUGCUGCUAAACAAUCUCAUCUUACUUGUAGUCUUUGGUAUGAGGAUACAGCAGGAAAAAUGGAUUCUAUAGAUGGUAAAAACAUAGGAUUUGUUAAAAGACAGGAAUUGAUUAGUGAAAGUAAGGAAAUAGAAAUGAUUGGUCAUCUUCACGGUGACAUUUUUAACCAAGAUAAAUUUUUAAUUAAUGGUGUUGAAAUGAGUGUUAAAUUGAUUCGAUCAAGAGAGAGUUUUAAUUUAAUUGUUGGGUCGAACGAUGUAAAGUUUAAAGUUUGCAUUACGGACGCAACUCUUAUUGUGCGACGAGCACGAAUUAAUCCAAGUGUAUUACUCGCACAUCAAAAAGUUUUAGCUUCUACCACUGCUAAAUAUCCUAUUACUCGAGCUGAAGUAAAAGUUUUAACAAUUCCUUCAGGUGUUCAAGGAAAAACUCUUGAUAAUAUAUUUUUAGGACAGGUACCGAAAAGAUGUAUAAUUGGAUUUGUGAACAAUUCUGCAUUUAAUGGUUCCCUUACUAAAAAUCCAUUUAACUUUGAAAACUAUGGUAUUAAUUCUUUCAGCUUAUAUAUUGAUGGUCAACAAAUACCUUCAAAAGCUUUGCAACCAUCUUUUAAUAAUAGCAUAUUUACAUCAGCAUAUCAUACUCUAUUCUCGGGAACUGGUAUUCACUUUCUUAAUGAAGGAAAUGGAAUCUCUUGUGAACAGUAUGGCAAAGGUUACUGUCUAUUAGCAUUUGACUUAACUCCUGAUUUAUCAGCUAACUCAUCAACUCAUUGGAAUCUCAUAAAGCAUGGUAGUGUAAGAAUAGAAGUACGAUUUGAAUCCUCAUUAAUACAAACAAUUAACUGUAUAGUUUAUGCUGAGUUUGAUAAUAUUAUUGAGAUAGAUAAAAACAGAAAUGUUACUGUAGACUAUAGUAGUUAA